CGCGACAUCAGGCUGUAUUAUCUGCUGCAACUUUCACUCAGGACGUCAGGACCAAACACAGCAACAUGACCAGGAAUCUGCAGAACCCAACUCUGGAGGAUGGCAAAAGUAGAAAAAGGGCUCUGAAACCGGCUGUAGAAAAGAAGAGGAGAGAUCGAAUAAAUCAAAGUCUUGCUGAGCUGCCGAGUCUCCUGUUGAAUCAUACUUCUGAUCUCCGACUGCAGAAUCCUAAAGUAGAGAAAGCAGAGAUUCUGGACUUGGCUGUGGAGUAUCUUCAGAAGUGGACACAUGAGAGGAACCUGAGCAAUGUGGCUGCAGACUCUUCCAACAGUCAUAUGAACAACACUCAAGUUCCAGUGGUGGACCAUCAUCACUCAGAGGUCAAAGAUCCUUCCCUCCUCACCAUUAAGAGUGCAGGUUUUCAGCAGUGUGUGGCCCAGCUGACCAGCUACAUGUACAAAAUAAGUCCAGCACAGAGACUGAGCCUGAUCGAGGGGCUGAAGCAUCACACAGAGAGCCAGCAGACAGACAGCACAAGGUCAGACCUCAGCCAACGAGUGACUGAAACCACCAAGCUUUCAGAUGUAACACCGACGGAUUCCAUUUGCACAUCAGAGAGGAAAGAGGAGUCCACUAAGAUGCUGUUUCCAUCUCAUUCUUCAUUCCAGCCUCAGUCAUGCUCCACACCGUGCCAUGACUAUCUGUCCCCUCCUCCCUCUCCCUGGCUCUCUCCGUCUUUCUCCGCGUUUGCCACCUCUCCUCCUUUCCCAUCCAUUGCUGCUCACUUCUCCUUCCCUCCCAGCCUGUCACCUCUGUCCUCCAACACCUCUUUCUUUGGUUUCUCGCCAACACUCCCUCACCCCAGCCCACCUGUCCUCCACUGCCCCCCUCUCACCACGCUCAGGACCCCCCAACACCCUGUCCCAAGGGAGGGGUCGCCACCCAAUUCUUCCUCACCCAUGUGGAGACCCUGGUUUUGAUUAAGUGGACCAGUCUUUAAAAAGCAGAGACACCAACAGAAAAUUACUGAAGUCACUGGCUGU